AUGGGCUCAGUGGGCAGCCAGCGCCCCCGGGAGGCCAGCGUGGCGAGCACGCCGCACGGGAGCGUGGUGAUGAGCUUCAGCUUUGACGGCGGCCACCUGGAGGAGGCGGUGGCCGGGGCCACGCAGGCCCAGGGCAGUAGGACCAGGGGCAUCCCGAUUUUCACGGACUCUGAGGAGCCGGUGCCUGAUGACCGCUACCAUGCCAUCUACUUUGCGAUGCUGCUGGCUGGCGUGGGCUUCCUGCUACCCUACAACAGCUUCAUCACCGACGUGGACUACCUGCACCACAAGUACCCAGGAACCUCCAUUGUGUUUGACAUGAGCCUCACCUACAUCCUCGUGGCGCUGGUGGCCGUGCUCCUGAACAACGCGCUGGUGGAGAGACUGAGCCUGCACACGAGGAUCACCGCGGGUUACCUCUUAGCGCUGGGCCCCCUCCUCUUUAUCAGCAUCUGCGACGUUUGGCUGCAGCUCUUCUCCAGGGACCAGGCUUACGCCAUCAACCUGGCUGCCGUGGGCACCGUGGCCUUCGGCUGCACAGUGCAGCAAUCCAGUUUCUACGGGUACACAGGGAUGCUGCCCAAGAGGUACACCCAGGGGGUGAUGACAGGAGAGAGCACGGCGGGAGUGAUGGUCUCUCUGAGCCGCAUCCUCACCAAGCUGCUGCUGCCGGACGAGAGGGCUGGCACGCUCAUCUUCUUCCUGGUCUCCGCGGGCCUGGAGCUGCUCUGCUUCCUGCUGCACCUGCUGGUGCGGGGCAGCCGCUUCGUGCUCUACCACACGGCGCGGCCCCGCCACUGCCGCCCGAGCCGCAGGGCCGGCUACCGCGUGCACCACGACGUGGCCGCCGAGGACGUGCACUUUGAGCACCAGGGCCCAGCGCUGGCCAACGGCGGGUCCCCAAAGGACAGCCCGGCCCACGAGGUGACGGGCGGGGGCGCCUACACGCGCUUCGACGUGCCUCGGCCAAGGAUCAGGCGCAGCUGGCCCUCCUUCCGAGCCCUGCUCGUGCACCGCUACGUGGUGGCCCGCGUCAUCUGGGCGGACAUGCUCUCCAUCGCCGUGACCUACUUCAUCACGCUGUGCCUGUUCCCGGGUCUCGAGUCCGAGAUCCGCCACUGCAUCCUGGGCGAGUGGUUGCCCAUCCUCCUGAUGGCUGUGUUCAACCUCUCCGAUUUCGUGGGCAAGAUCCUGGCGGCGCUUCCCAUGGACUGGCGGGGCACCCACCUGCUGGCCUGCUCCUGCCUCCGCGUGGUCUUCAUCCCCCUCUUCAUCCUCUGCGUCUACCCCGGGGGCACGCCCGCCCUCCGCCACCCAGCCUGGCCCUGCGUCCUCUCCCUCCUCAUGGGCAUCAGCAACGGCUACUUCGGCAGUGUGCCCAUGAUCCUGGCGGCGGGCAAAGUGGGCCCCAAGCAGCGGGAGCUGGCAGGGAACACCAUGACCGUGUCCUACAUGACGGGGCUGACACUGGGCUCGGCCGUGGCCUACUGCACCUACAGCCUCACGCGGGAUGCCCACCGGAGCUGCCUGCGCCCCUCCGCCGCCAACGCCUCCUUCCCUGCCAGCCUUUGA